AUGGAAAUGGGUAGUGAAACUAAGCAUGUGAUGCUGGUUUGCUAUGCAGCACAGGGCCACAUAAACCCUGUGCUCCAAUUUGCAGGGCGUCUAGCCUCCAGGGGCAUAAGCAUCACCGUCGCCACCGCUGCCAUCGGGCGCCAGCGCAUCCUAAAGGACGGCGACAAAGCCACCGCCUUCGAGGCAGACGGGAACAUCAAGUUCGAGUUUUUCUCAGACGGUUCGGAUCCACUGAUGCCCAUCAAAGACCUUGAUGACUGCCUUGGUAGGCUUGAGAGAGAGGGGCCGGAGAGCCUUGCCGGCCUUGUUGAGGACCUACGAGUACAGGGCCGCAAGGUCACCUACAUGGUCACGACCCCCUUCACACCAUGGGUCAUUGACUUGGCCAAAGGGCUUGGAGUCCCAUGUUCAUUACUGUGGAUCCAAUGUUGUGCAGUCUAUGGCUACUAUUAUCGCGUUCUUCAUCGGAACCGAGCAGAAAUGGAGGUUCCAUUGACGUUCCCCGGACUGCCACACCUGAAGCCUGAGGAUUUUCCGACCUUGGCUUCGCCAUCGAGCACUUACAACAGAUUCCCAUUGCUCUUGACGCAGCUCUACGAGAAGCUCGGGGACGUGAAAAUGGUGUUGGGCAACUCAUUUAAUGAGCUCGAGCCUGAGGAGAUCUGGUUUGCAGAGGGCCUACACCUAAUGAAGCUUGUUGGGCCACUCAUACCACAGGCGCUGCUCGGAUGCCCGACUGCCCCGCGUCUCCGAAAAGACAUGUGGGUCGCCCCUUCAAACUGCUUGUCUUGGCUGGACUCCAAGCCAGAAGGUUCAGUUGUGUACGUGUCGCUUGGGAGCGUUUCAGUGCUACCUCCGAAGCAGACGGAGGAGAUGGCUUGGGGGCUUAAGAUAAGCCGACGGGCAUUCAUUUGGGUGGUCAAGCCGCCAGAAAAUUCAUCUGAAACAGGUUUACCAGAGGGAUUCUUGGAAGGGGUCGAGGGGCAGGGGAUAGUGGUGCCAUGGUGCCCUCAGGUGGAAGUGCUCAGCCAUCCUUCACUGGCAUGUUUCCUAACUCACUGUGGGUGGAACUCGACAUUGGAGACAGUUGCUGCCGGAGUACCAGUGAUCGCGUUCCCCCAGUGGACGGACCAACCCACUAAUGCCAUGUUCCUAGUGGACGUGCUCAGAGUGGGUGUUCGACUAAAAGUGGACCUUGUCACUAGAGAUGAAGUGGAGAGGUGCAUCGCAGAGGUGACGGACGGCGAGAAGGCGACAGAAAUGAAGAAGGCAGCAGCAAGAUGCAAGGAAAUGGCGAGGGCAUCGGUGGCAAAGUGUGGCUCAUCUGAACGAAAUAUGCAGGCAUUUGUGGAUGAUAUCAUGGACAAUGGACCCAUCCAUGAACCCAAACCAGGCAACGGGGUCUUAUGCUAG